AUGGACUCGGGGAGCCGCACCGCUCCUUCGGGUUUCCGCCGGCGCUUCCUCCUCUCCCUGCUGGCUCUUCCCUUCCUCGGGGUGAUGCUGCCAGGGGCUGGGUGGGGCCUGGAGAAGCUCGAGGAGGUGGAGCCCAGAGGCAGUUGCAGAGCCCUGGCCUUCAGGGUUCUUAUUGUUUAUUUCCAGGCCUGGAUCACUGACAUUCGAGCAGGAACUACCCCCUCUUGUGGGAACCAUAUCAAAUCCAGCUGCAGCUUGAUCGCCUUCAACUCCGACCGUACAGGUGUGCUGGGCAUUGUGCCUCUGGAAGGCCAGGGAGAGAACAAGAGACACGUGACCCACCUGGGCUGCCAUUCUGACCUGAUCACGGACUUGGACUUCUCUCCCUUUGAUGACUUUCUCCUGGCCACAGGCUCAGCAGAUAGGACGAUGAAACUAUGGAGACUGCCAGCCUCUGGCCAGGCGCUGCCCCCGGGACCUGGGCUGGUGCUGGGCCCCGAGGACACCCGGGUAGAGGUGCUGCAGUUCCACCCCACUGUGGAUGGCAUCCUGGUGAGCACGGCAGGCACAGCCGUGAAGGUCUGGGAUGUGGCUAAGCAGCAGCCCCUAACAGAGCUGGCAGCCCACAGGGACCUGGUGCAGGGUGCUGUCUGGAGCCGAGACGGAGCCCUGGUGAGCACAACAUGCAAGGACAAGCAGCUGAGGAUCUUUGACCCCAGAGCAAAGCCUGAGGCCUCCCAGAGCACACAGGCCCAUGAGAACAGCAAGGAUGGCCGGCUGGUGUGGACAGGCACCCAGGAGCACCUUGUGUCCACUGGAUUCAACCAGAUGCGUGAACGUGAAGUGAAGCUGUGGGACACCCGGCACUUCUCCAGCGCCCUCACUUCCCUCACCCUGGACACCUCACCUGGGUCUCUGAUGCCCCUCUUGGACCCAGACUCUGGGCUCCUGGUCCUGGCGGGAAAGGGUGAGAGUCAGCUGUACUGCUACGAGGUGGCCCCCCAACAGCCGGCACUGAGCCCAGUGACCCAGUGCCUCCUGGAGAAUGUGCUUCGGGGGGCUGCCCUUGUGCCGCGGAGGGCACUGGCUGUCAUGGGCUGUGAGGUACUCCGAGUCCUUCAGCUGACUGACACAGCCAUCGUGCCCAUCAGCUUCCACGUGCCCCGCAAGGCUGUGGAGUUCUACGAGGACCUGUUCCCCGACACUGCAGGCUGCGUGCCUGCCUCUGAACCACACUCCUGGUGGGCUGGGAGCAACCUGCAGGUACAGAAGGUCAGUCUCAACCCGACCUGCCAGCCCCACCCCAGCUUCACUUCCCACCUGGUGCCCCCUACAGAGACCUCCCCUGAUGCAGUCCAGCCCGCGAAGCUGCCUACAGGCAACAAGGACCCCAGUGAGGGCUUCUCCUCCCCUCCCAGCUCUCUGAUCUCACCCUCCACGCCAUCCAGCUUGGAGCCCUCGCUCUCCAGCACCAGUGGCAUUGGCACCAGCCCCAGCCAGAGGUCACUGCAGAGCCUUCUGGGCCCCAGUUCCAAGUUCCGCCAUGCUCAGGGUACCAUCCUACACCGAGACAGCCAUAUCACCAACCUCAAGGGGCUCAACCUCACCACACCCGGUGAGAGCGACGGCUUCUGUGCCAACCAGCUACGUGUGGCCGUGCCCCUGCUCAGCAGUGGUGGGCAGGUGGCUGUACUCGAGCUUCAGAAGCCUGGCCGCCUGCCUGACACAGCACUGCCCACCCUUCAGAAUGGGACAGCCGUGACCGAUCUGGCCUGGGACCCCUUUGACCCCCACCGCCUUGCCGUGGCUGGGGAGGACGCCAGGAUUCGUCUGUGGCGGGUGCCCCCAGAGGGCCUAGUGGAGGUGCUUACUACGCCGGAGGCUGUGCUGACAGGUCACACAGAGAAGAUCUACUCUCUGCGCUUCCACCCCCUGGCGGCCGACCUGCUGGCCUCCUCUUCCUAUGACCUUACCAUUCGCAUCUGGGACCUUCAGGCUGGAGUUGAACGGUUAAAGCUGCAGGGCCACCGGGACCAGAUAUUUGGCCUGGCCUGGAGUCCUAAUGGGCAGCAGCUGGCCUCUGUCUGCAAGGAUGGAUGCUUGCGGGUCUAUGAGCCCCGGAGUAGCCCUGAGCCCCUGCAGGAAGGCCCAGGGCCUGAGGGGGCCCGUGGAGCCCGCAUUGUCUGGGUGUGUGAUGGUCACUGUCUGCUGGUGUCUGGCUUUGACAGCCGAAGUGAGCGCCAGCUACUCCUGUACUCAGCCAAGGCCCUGGCUGGUGGCCCCUUGGCAGUGCUGGGGUUGGACGUGGCUCCUUCCACCCUGUUGCCCAACUAUGACCCAGACACCAGCUUGGUGCUACUCACGGGCAAGGGUGACACCCGAGUGUUUUUGUACGAGCUGCUCCCUGAGGCCCCUUUCUUCCUGGAGUGUAACAGCUUCACUUCGCCUGACCCCCACAAGGGCUUUGCACUCCUGCCCAAGACAGUGUGUGAUGUGCGCGAAGUAGAGUUUGCCCGAUGCCUGCGGCUUCGCCAGACCUCCCUGGAGCCUGUUGCCUUCCGGUUGCCCAGAGUCAGGAAAGAAUUCUUCCAGGAUGAUGUGUUCCCAGACACAGCCAUGAGCUGGGAGCCCGUGCUCAGUGCCAAAGACUGGCUGGGAGGUGCUAACGGACAGCCCCGGCUUCUCAGCCUGCAGCCCCCUGGCAUGACCCCAGUGAGCCAGGCUCCCCGUGAAGCUCCUGUCCGGCGGGCCCCAUCCUCAGCACUCUACCUGGAAGAAAAAUCAGACCAGCAAAAGAAGGAAGAGCUACUGAGUGCCAUGGUGGCAAAGCUAGGGAAUCGCGAGGACCCGCUCCCCCAGGACUCCUUCGAAGGUGUGGACGAGGACGAGUGGGACUAGUCUGCCAACCAAGCCACCACUGGCCUCACCUGCCGUUGCCACCUCCUAGAACCACCUAGUGCCCCUGCACACCUCAUAUCUUACCCUCAAACUGGAGGUACCUUUUGGCUCUGGCAUAACUCAUCCCAGAAACCCUGGCUUUCUUUGGGCCUUGAGCACUUCCAUGCCCUCCAGGCCUUGCUAAAACACCCAUGGAUUGUCUGCACCUCUGCUUUCUCUGGUACUGCCAACUUCUCAGCUGCCUGCUAGCAUGUGGAGCCAGAGUCAUGGGGGUGGAAUGAGUGUGUGGGUCAGUAGCAUGUCCCUGAGCAAGCCCUGGAAUCCCGGUUUCCCUACUCGGACAUGGGCUGCUUUCGUAGAGCACCUUCAGUUAUUACAUGCCACCUCAUCUUGCCUGCUGACCCAAUUCUGGUCAAUGGCCUUUGGGGGCUGGCCCCCUGCCAGAUCGUUUGGAGCAGCACCAGCCUCAGGGGUCUGGGACAGUCACCCUGCUCCCCAGGCUUGAAGCCAGGAGAAGCAGGCAUCACAGGCUGACGGCCUGUUAAGGGAGUGUGAGCCCCACAGGGGCUGGCCUGCACAUGCCUGGGAUAUUUUCAGCAAUUAAACUUUUUCUAAGCUUGCCA